UCAGUCGCAUUGGCCAGUUGUAUAGUUAUUUUGCUGUUGAAGUAGUUUGUUAAAUUAAUAUAAAUUGGAUACAGAAGAAAAUAAUAUUAACUAAUUUAAAAUGGAGAAUUAUAUAGAAGUUGAUAAUUACACGGAUUUUGAGAACGCCAUUAAGAACGUGAAAGAUGCCAGCGAAUUAACAAAUGUUUAUGAAAAAUUGCUAUCAACGCCGCAACGUUCACGAUUCCUAAAAUUAUGCUUAGAAAAGGGCUGUAAUAAAAACUAUGUGAAUUAUGAUACUGGUAAAGCUGCCAUAAACUAUGCUGCUGAAUCAAGGCAUUUUAUUAAUCUAUUCCUAUUAAUUUAUUUUAAUAUGAUGGGCAAGAAGGACAAAUCUGUGAAAAUAAAUAUAGAAAAUCUUAACGAAUAUUCCCCUUCAGCGGAUGAAUCAUGCCCUCUGCAAAUUUUGCCUGAUAUACCCAAAGGAGAAACUGUUAACUCUGAACAUAUAAAAGAAAUAGAUCAUAAAUACAAAAACCAAACGGCACUCAACAAUUUAGCCAGCCAUUUAACUUCAAAAACUGCUGGUGAAGAUCGUGAGUGCAUGGAACUCUUGCUUCGAAAUGGCGCCGCAGUGAAUGCAAUGGAUAAUUCCGGGGAAGUACCGUUGAGCUACGUGAUGAAGAACACUGAGUUGAGUCCAAAUGAUAAAUACGAGCUAAUUUACAUGCUACUUCAGCGAUAUACAACAGCAGAUUCAAUUGCCAAAGAGGCGUGGAACUAUUUGAAAACUAACCAUAUGAAAAAGCAUUCAGAACUUAAAAGGGACAAUCUUGAAGAUAUGAUAUCUAAGCGAAAGAAUCUUGAAGAUAUGAUAUCUACAAAUCAACAAAUAGGUAAAGGCCUCUAUUUGAAACGACGACUAUCGGAUGUUUAUAGUAGAAGCAAUUCACUGCAAGGUAACUAUAUAAAAAAUCUAUUGGAAAGAUACGCCAAUCGAGGCGACGUAAAUGCCAUGAAGAUGCUGCAACAAAUAUUGGGUACAAUCUCAAGAAACGAUAUUGAUUUCUCUCUUAUGUGUAAGUCUUAUGGCAAAGAAGUCUUUCAAGAGUUGCUAAAUACACCCAAUCUGCAAAUCGAUUAUGUGGAACUCGCUAAGGACUUUAUUGAAAAGAUGCCUUCAGAAUUCGACAAAAAAGAGGAACACAUAAAACAUGUAGAACUAUUGCAAAUACUGCUAAAGAGAAGAGAUGGCCUCGCUAGUGCUGCGGAUGAAGAGGGACGUCCUCUAUUAAGUUAUGCAGCUUUGAAGCGCAACGAAGUGGCGGUCAGAGAGCUGCUACGUCAUGGAGCAUACAUGGGCAUGAGGAACGACUACAAAGUGCUGCCGAUCAAGAACAUCCGACCUGAGGUCAUUGAAGAGCAUUUGGACUACUGCAUUCAAAUGGAUGCUGUCAAAUCGAAUGAUAGCAAUAUAACCAUGGACUUUACAAAUAUUUGCCAUCCACCAAACGGACCCAAUACAAAUCCCCAACUACGUUACAAUGAUAUGUCGACCAUCGCUUAUAUCAAGAAAUCGAGAAAUCUACGCCAUUUACUUAACCAUCCAAUAGUGUCGACUAUUCUGGUACACAAAUGGCAAAAGUAUUCCAAAUUCUUUUACACUCAUUUCGCCAUAUACUUAAUUUUUAUAAUACUUCUAACCACACUUAUUGUAUCGGAUUAUCGUUCACUCUCAUACGUCUGUUUGCCCUUCAUCAUUUACCUCGCUAUUCAUGAGGUGGUCCAGUAUAAUAUUUCACCUGUGCACUACUUCCGUGAAUUUUUCGUCAAUGGCCUGGAUAUCUUAGUUAUCAUCCUUUCAAUAAUUGUAUGCUGUCCAUGGUGGACAUCUCGAAAUUUCGAGACAUUCGCAGUGCUAGCUUCAUGUUUCAGGCUAUUUUCUCACAUGAGUUUGAUACCCAUCACGUGGAUAUCGAAACCUUUUCGUAUGCUAUUCAUGGUUAUCAACACUGUAUUCAAAUUGGGGAUUCUUAUAUUGGUGGUGUUUCUAUUCGGAUUAUGCUUCUACAUUCAAAACGGAAAUGGGACGCAAGUGAAGUCAGCUAAUGAAACGGACUCUAUAAGCUUCGAUUUUGACACCUUCGCUUCGGCACUGAUGAAGUCAACGAUAAUGGCAACUGGAGAGUACGAUGCUGGUAAUAUUAAAAUUACAAGUCUAUGGCAAUAUCUUCUAUUAUUUGUGUUUGUCAUCAUCGUGGGAAUUUCGUUAUUUAAUCUGCUCGUGGCGAAAGCAUUGAACGACAUUCAGUUAAUUCAGAAUCAAGCGGAGAUUUUUAGCGCCAUAAAUCGCAUCAAUGUUCUGAACACCUGUGAAGUCUUACUUUACGCACAGUUCUGGAAUAUAUUGGAUCAGUUUAAACUUUUCAAAAGGCCGUCCGAUAAUUCUUUAAGACAGAUUACGAUACGUCAAUACAACUAUCCUCUAAAAAUAUCGACUGUUUACUAUAAGAAUAGAAAUAAGAGUAAUAUUGUUAAUGAAGCUAAUGCAGCCGAUAGUGCAAAGAAUAGUAAUUGUUCACAAAACAACAAGACUGAUCGUGUCUCACCAGAUUCUUCGCUUGGCCGUAAACCAGAUAUCGCUAGCCUUAAAAAAUCGAUUUUCGAUUCAUUUAAAACUAAUGACAUUGACUACAAGUUGCUCAAACGUGCAGUCGAAAUUGCUGAGAAAAAUUCGAGCAGGGAUCCGCAAACUAGUCAAGAAAUUGAGUAGUGACUGAAUAAUUGUAGAGAAGAUUUCCAAAAAAAAAAAAAAUAGAUGAGUUUCAAAGUGUGAUGAAGCAACAAUUGACCUACAUGCAAAUUAGUUUGCAGCAACAACAAACUGAGAUUAUUAAGCAAUAAUUUAAGCGUUUUGAAACCAUCUUACAAAGAAUGUAAUUUAAAAAACAUAUAUAAUUUGAAUAUCAUUUGUUAAUUCUGUUAAUAUAUAUUACCAAUUUA